AUGCAGCUUAAGCACGACGAAACGACAGGCAGCCCUGUGCCAUUUGCACAGCAGGCACCUGCCAAGGACCUCAAGACGAUCUCCUCGACCACUCUCUCGUCCAUUUCGGGCCCGAUUUAUGCCACGGCCCAGCUGCUCGUCCAGCAGGUUGCCUACAAGCUCUCGGACAAGAUCUUCAGCUACUCGCCCGACUCCGUCGACCUGGACGUUGCUGCCCGCAACUGGGAGGCUCAGCAGGAGCAGAACGUCCACGGCUAUGCCACCUCUGUCAUUCCGCUACAGACUCGCACUGGUGCCGGUGCCUUUGCUCUCGGCUACCUCUUUUCCAAGGAUUUUGACCUGAGCAAGCGCCACUUCCCGCAGUCGCUUGUUGCGCCCUCGUCCAGCCUGCGUCUGCUCCGCUCGUCGCUGGACCAGCUCUCGCUUCUCUACGAUGUGGCGAGCCCUUUUGUCGGCCACAUCGCAGCCCUCGACUAUGCUGCCCAAGAAGGCCUUGUCAGUGACUAUGGCACGCCGCUGCAGCUGGCAGAGGAUCUGGGACUCGGCCUGGUAGCGAGCUCCUCGGCUGCAGAGGCCCAGCACAUGGCGCUGUUUGCUACUCUGGCUGCCAAGGUGCUGCCCACGCUGCACGUCUACGACGGUCUCCGCAUGUCGCGCGAGACUGUCAAGGUCACAGACGCGCUCAGCUCGGAACAUAUCGCCCAGGCCUUUGACCGCCUGUCCAAGCACGAGUCGCCUGUCAGCAAGCGGCUCGACAGCGCCGGGAAGGUUCUCGAGCUGCUGCAGGCCUUCAACACCGAACUGGGCACAGCCUACCAGCCAUUCGAAUAUCACGGCCAUAGCGAGGCUGAGGCUGUCAUCGUUGCUUUUGGCAGCGUCGAAGCUCAGCUGGCCGCCCAGACAGUGUCUCGCCUUGCUGCACAUGGCCACAAGAUUGGUGCCGUCAACGUGCGGAUAUACCGGCCCUUCAUCGAGGAGGCGUUCCUGAGCAUCCUGCCCCCUUCGGUGCGCCGCAUCGCAGUUCUGGGCCAGGUGCAGAACGAGACGGCCGUCAACGAGACUAGUGUGCAGUCCGCUCUGUAUGCGGACGUUUUGGCUGCCGUGACCUUUUCUCACCGGUGGACCCAGACCCCUACCGUCUCUGAUGUCAAAUACGCGGCUGCCGAUGUGCCAACUCCCAAUUUUUUUGCCUCAGUUGUGCAGACGCUGUCCGGGAAGGCCGGAGUGGAGAGCUCGCUUCCGGCUGUCGCUCUUGAGCCGGUCCAGGCUCAGCAGUACACGUUCUGGGACGUGGACGACUCGCCGGCCGCCGAGUCUGCCUCGGUUGUUUCCAGUGUGCUUGCAGCACAGCCCACGGUCCAUGUGUCGGUCCACACCGUCAACGACAACCUUAUUCAGGGAGGCGUGGUGCGCACCGAUAUCCGCAGCUCAGCUAAGGCGCUGAACACGCCGUUUGCCAUUGAGCAGGCUGACAUCACCGUCGUAGGCGAUGAGAAGCUGCUAAAGGAAGUAGACGUGUUGACAAGUGCGAAGCCUAGCUCGACGCUCCUUCUGCGGCUGCCCAGCUACAAGCCAGAAGACGUCGAGAAGCGCCUUCCGGCUGGCGUUCGCAAGGAUUUUCUGGAGAAGAAGCUCGAGGUUUUCGUCCUUGACACUGCCGACCAGGAUGCCAAGAUCCUUCUGGAGCAGGCCUUCUUCAAGCUGGUGAGCCGUGCUAUUGUAGCGGAAGACCUCGUGCGCCUGUCGUCGACUUUUAACGACGCCCUGGCCGCCCAGUCUUCUGCUGAUGUGCUGGACAAGGUCCUCCAGCCGCUGGCCUACCCCGAGUCGUGGUCGGAGGUGCCUGCCGACUAUGUGGUUCCGACGCUCGUGGAGUCGAUCAAGCCGACCAGCUUUGGCGCUAUCACCAAGGAGGAGCCAGAGACGGCCGUCGAGGCCAGCAACUGGCAGCUGGCAGCCAAGGGCCUGGCCUUCAAGGAGGCGUAUGGUACCAAGUCGGACCUGCGCCCUGACCUGACGGUCAAGACGGCAACGGUCACGGUCAAAGAGAACCGUCGUCUGACGCCGGCGUCGUAUGAGCGCAACAUCUUUCACAUCGAGUUCGACCUGGGCGAUUCGGGUGUCAAGUACGAGAUCGGCGAGGCGCUGGGCGUGCACGCAGACAACGACCCGACAGGCGUGCAGGAGUUUAUCGACUUUUAUGGUGUGCCUGGCGAUGAAUUGGUGCUGGUGCCGUCGCGCGAAGACACGGCGGUGCUGGAGACUCGGACCGUGUAUCAGGCGCUGCUGCAGAACGUCGACAUCCUGGGCAAGCCGCCAAAGCGCUUCUACGAGGCGCUGGCCGAGUUUGCGACCGACGACGCCGAGAAGACGCGUCUGUUGGCGCUCGGCAGCAAGGACGGCGCAGACGAGUUUAAGAAGCGGUCGGACGAGGACACAUUGACGUAUGUCGAUGUGCUGCAGGAGUUCCAGUCGGCUCAUCCGUCUGUGGCGGACCUGCUCCGCAUCGUGUCGCCGCUGAAGCGUCGUGAGUAUAGUAUCGCGUCAGCCCAAGCAGUGACGCCGACGGCCGUGGCGCUGAUGAUCGUGGUGGUCGACUGGGUGGACUCACGCGGCCGCAAGCGCUAUGGCCAGGCGUCACACUACCUGUCAGAGCUGCCGGUGGGUGCCAAGGUUACCGUGUCGGUCAAGCCGUCGGUGAUGAAGCUGCCGACGAGCGCCAAGACGCCGCUGAUCAUGGCUGGCCUAGGCACCGGUCUAGCUCCUUUCCGUGCGUUUGUGCAGUACCGUGCGAUGCAGAAGGCGCAGGGCGAGGAUAUCGGUUCCAUCCUGCUGUUCCUCGGCAGCCGGCACCAGCGCGAGGAGUACCUGUAUGGCGAAGAGUGGGAGGCUUAUGUCGAUGCUGGUGUCAUCACUCUGCUCGGCGCCGCCUUUUCGCGCGAUCAGCCACAGAAGAUCUAUAUCCAGGACCGCAUGCGCCAAAGUAUGGAUGCCGUUGUCAAGUCGUACAUUCAGGAGGAGGGCUCUUUUUACCUGUGUGGUCCCACGUGGCCUGUGCCUGAUCUCACAGACGUGCUGAUGGAGGCCAUCGCCACCGAAGCCAAGGCCAAUGGCCGCAAGGUGGAUCCGCACAAGGAGAUCGACCGGCUCAAGGAGGACGGCCGCUAUGUGCUUGAGGUGUAUUAG